UUAACGAUUAGAGGACGUAAUUGGCCGUCUGAGCUGGAAGUAAUUCUAGGCCGCGACCUUCAUAUUUCAAUCUCAAUCCAGGGAUUCACCAAGCGCCCAUCGCUAUCAUACUUGGGUUCAUAGCAAGUCCAUUACAUAUUCAUUCCAACGAUAUACCUCAGCGAUCAAGAUGUAUACACGGACAAAAUCAUCUCUGUUUCUCAUACCUCUGAGCAUAUUGUUGUUCAGUCUUCCGAAAGUAUGGCAGGUGAUUCCGGACAAAGUCGACAUUUCCAUCAUGCUCGAUUCACUAGCAACAUAUGUCACCACCCCGGUAGCUGGUGUCUACGAAUGUAAAUACGAGCACACUUUUGAGAUUCUGUCGAUUGAUCCUCUGAUCCUAUAUAUCAACAACUUUCUGAAAGAGGACGAGGUGCAACACCUACUCGACUUGAAGGACGCGUAUUUUGAGCCCUCCUAGGUCUACAAUGAAAAGACAUUCGAAUCUGGAAUCGACACGCGUUUCCGCACUUCCCAAUCCGCCAUAGUCGAACGUGACGACGUAGUCAGCAUCUGUUUG